UUAGCUCAACACUUGCCAUGAACCAAGCUUUCUUGAAAGAAUAGUUAAAGCAGCUCAAACUUCCUAUUUUCUUAGAAAAAAGAUUGAAGAGUUCCAUUAUCCUACAUGAAAUUCUUCACUAUUUGUCCUGAAGAUUUGAAGGCAUGCAGGACAGAAGUUGUGAGCAGCCUGUCCCUCUCUCUGUAAUUAUGAAAGAGCCUCAUCCUUUUGAGAAAAGCACUUAUAUUGGAAACUAUGAAAACAAUUCUGAGGAUUCAUCAUGUUAUGGACUCUUUUAUGAUUCCCUAUCAGAUAUACAAGAUGGGGACUUUUCACAUGAACUGUCUGCCUUUCUCAGUGAAGAUGAGAUAAACAAAAGCCUUGAACUUGCUCAUCAAUCCAUUAAUUCUGUUGAAGAAGAAGUUAAGCAAGAGUAUUCUUACUUUAACACCUCUCCAAACUCACCAGAAAAUGCCUCUUCUGGGCAAGCCAAAGCACAUGACAGUUAUCCUUCCAAGAUAAAUUGCGCAACCAGCUCCACCUCCUUGUUGCCUUCAUCUCAAACUCCCAUAGAGCAGCAGGAUCAGAAUGCAUAUCUUCAAGGAAAAAAUGGUAUUUUAGAUCUUACUGGUAAACAAGCAAGUGCUUUUCCCCUACUGCCUGCAAGACCCAGCUUUAUCCGAACUCUCAAAAAUGCUGAAAGGUGUAGUUUAAAUAGCCAAAAGAUGAGCCCUAUAUCUAAAUCAGUUUUGACAAGUAAUGUCCCCUUCAAGAAUAAGCUAUGUGAUAAAGCUGCCACUUUGAUUGAAGAACUGUCUGCUAUUUUUCAUGAAGCAGCCAAGAUGAGAGUUGAAAGUCCAAAUGGAAAUUCUUCAUCUCCAGAUAGUGGAUAUCUUUCUCCUAAGAGCAAGCAAUUAGCUUUGUCAAAUUCUUUAAAAAAUUCAGUACUUGAAACAAAUUUAGAAAUCACACCAAAAAAUGAGAUCCCAGAAGUAACUCGGGUUAAAGAAUGUGUGCUCCAAAGGAAAGAAGACUCUCAGAUUGGUGAGACUGUCUCUCAAAAUGAAGUUGCAAAAGAAAGUCAGAAUCAAUUAUCUCCCCCUCAAUUUAUCCAGAAACUCAGAAGUCAAGAAAUUCUUGAAGGAAGCAAGGUUUUACUUCAGUGCAGGGUUGCUGGAAACCCAGUACCUCAGAUCAGCUGGUUCUGUGAAGGUAAAGAACUACAAAAUUCUCCUGAUAUUCAGAUCUGUUCGGAAAGUGGAGGACUCCAGACAUUAAUCAUAGCAGAAGCUUUUGAAGACGACACAGGGCGCUACUGUUGCCUGGCCUCUAAUUCUCUUGGCUCUAGUUCUUCUUCAGCAGAAUUAUUUGUUAAAGGUGCCAGUUCCUCUGAUUCUGAUAGUGAACAUUUCAAAACAAAAUCUGGAGCCAUGCCCCAGGCUCAGAAGAAAAGCACUUCUGUUUCAUUGACAAUUGGAUCGUCAGCUCCAAAGUCUGGAAUUACUACAGCAGUAAUCCAGCCUAUCUCUGUGCCUAAUCAGCAGGUUCAAAGUCCUACUUUACACCUCUGCAAAUUAGAUGGAUCAAAGCCUAGUCAUGCUACACCUGUUUUUACAAAGGAACUUCAAAAUUCAACAGCAAAUGAAGGACAAGUAGUUGUACUUGAAUGUAGAGUAAAAGGAGCACCUCCCUUACAUGUUCUCUGGUUUCGUCAAGGGGUUGAAAUUCAUGAUUCUCCAGACUUCCGAAUUCUUCAGAAAAAACCACGUUCUACAGCAGAACCUGAGGAGAUAUGUACUUUGGUGAUUGCAGAGACUUUUCCCGAAGAUGCAGGGAUCUUUGCAUGCACAGCAAGCAAUGAUUAUGGAUCAGUCACAAGCGCUGCCAAACUGACUGUGCUGUCAGGUAUUCAGCAGUUUUUUGCCAGUUGUGAAAGCUCCAGCCAUGAUUUGUCAAUGAGAGUACAGAAUAAGGAUAACUUUCAACAUUUCCCACCUCCACCUUCAUGUCUUGAGAUUAAUUCUGUGGAGCUUCCUCCAAAGCAUUCAGAGAACUCCAAGAUCAGUCAUCCCAGCGCAAGUGUAGCAGCUUUUGAAUUGCAGCUUAACUCUGUGGAGAAGAAAACCAAUGGAAUUCAUCCUACCCAUGGAGUCAAUGGAAUCAUUAAUGGCAACACCAAAACUGACAAAUCCCAUCCUGGUGAAUUGCUUUCACCCACAAAAACACCACCACCUGUGCUUGCUAAGCCAAAGCUAAACAAAUAUCAGAAAAACCCAAGCAGCCAGAUUCUUGGUUUAGAAUAUUUGCUGAAUCUAAACAGCCACAAAGAAGUAAACAAAAAGGAUCCUUUAAGAAUUCAGCAGUUACAGAACCAAAUCCGACUGGAAAAAGAAGCAGACCAGUGGUGUCAUCAGAAGCAAGCUAGUUUCCUCCAGAAUCUUCCCUUGUCCCCAACUUUUCUCCCUCCAUCUUCAUUCCAAGAACUUGAGUCCAGCCACUGUCCUUCUCCUGUGCAAAUGAGUGUUCUCAAUUCUCAUUCUGCUCCUGCCAUGCAGACAUCCAGUUCUUUCAACUAUGCCCGUCCUAAACAAUUUAUUGCUGCACAAAAUAUUAGCCCUGCUUCAAGCUACGUAACACAGCCAUCUGGCUCUUCCACAUCUAAUCUUCCAUCCCCAAUGUCUCCAGCUGCUUCUCAGAAGCAGUUUGGUAAAACAUCUGCCCUCCCUUUUUCUCAGACAUUUGUUCCUGAGGAAGGGUAUCCAUGGUCUCCUUCCCCACCUCCUCCCCCUCCCCCUGUUUUUAGUCCUUCAUCUACUUUUUCAGUGGCAGAUUCCUUUCCACUACCACCACCUCCACCUCCUCUCCCAGCUUCUGUUCCCUCGCCUUCCCACAGUUUUUCUCCAACAUCCAGAUUGUCCAGCUCUAGUCAAUCUCCAUCAGCCUUUCUCUGCUCCAUGCUACCAUCUCAGCCACCUCCACUGCCAGUUAAUGCACUAGGACUUCCCAAAAGUGCUACACCAUCGGGAUUUCCAAAGAAAUCAGGCAGAACUGCCAGGAUUGCAUCUGAUGAAGAAAUUCAGGGCACAAAAGAUGCUGUUAUCCAGGACCUGGAAAGAAAACUUCGCUUCAAGGAAGAUCUCUUGAACAAUGGCCAACCAAAGUUAACAUAUGAGGAAAAGAUGGCUCGUCGAUUGCUGGGGGCUGACAAUGCUGCAACAGUUUUCAAUAUUCAAGAACCAGAAGAGGAACUUGCAGAGCAGGGAAUUGGUUCUGUUGAUGCUUCUAUAGUGACUCAUGAGGCUGUGCAAAAGGAAUAUAAAGUCUCCAGUUUUGAGCAGAGACUGAUCAGUGAGAUUGAAUUUAGAUUGGAGAGAACUCCAGUAGAAGAGUCUGAUGAUGAAGUGGAGCAUGGAAAAGAUGUUCUUGAUAGCAGCCUGACCCCAUAUUUUGAGACCAAACUUAAACACUACAAAAUAUUUGAAGGAAUGCCGGUCACUUUUAUAUGCAGAGUGUCUGGAAAUCCAAACCCAAAGAUCUAUUGGUUCAAAGAUGGAAAGCAAAUUUCUAAAAGGAAUGAGCAUUACCGGAUGCAAAGAGAACCUGAUGGGACCUGUUCUCUCCAUACCACUGCCUCCACCCUCGAUGAUGAUGGGAAUUAUACUGUCAUGGCUGCCAAUCCACAGGGGAGAAUAAGCUGUACAGGACGAUUGAUGGUCCAAGCUGUUAAUCAGAGAGGACGCAGCCCCGGGACACCACCUAGCCAGCCUCAUAUCAGAAGACCACGGUCUCGAUCAAGGGAUAGUGGAGAUGAAAAUGAACCAAUCCAGGAACGCUUCUUCCGACCACAUUUCCUGCAGGCUCCAGGAGAUCUGAUAGUUCAAGAAGGAAAACUUUGUAGAAUGGAUUGCAAGGUCAGUGGCUUGCCAACUCCUGACAUCAACUGGCAACUUAAUGGAAGAGUAAUACGUUCUGAUAAUUUCCACAAAAUGCUUGUACGGGAAAAUGGUAUACACUCCUUAAUCAUAGAGCCUGUCACAGCAAGGGAUGCUGGAAUCUAUACAUGUAUUGCCACUAAUCGAGCUGGCCAGAACACUUUCAGCCUGGAACUGAUUGUGACAGCUAAGGAAGCACACAAGCCACCUGUAUUUAUAGAGAAACUACAGAAUACAGGAGUGGCUGAGAGAUUUCCUGUGCGACUGGAAUGCCGGGUUUCAGGUGUGCCUCCACCUCAGAUUUUCUGGAAGAAGGAAAAUGAGUCACUCAUAUACAACACUGACAGAGUGAGCAUGCACCAAGAUAAUCAUGGAUACAUCUGCCUGCUUAUUCAGGGAGCUACAAAAGAAGAUGCUGGUUGGUACACUGCAUCAGCAAAAAAUGAAGCUGGGAUUGUUUCUUGCACAGCAAGACUGGAUGUCUAUACUCAGUGGCAGCAACAGUCCCAAACCGCUAAGCCAAAGAAGGUGCGUCCCUCAGCCAGUCGGUAUGCAGCACUUUCUGACCAAGGACUAGACAUCAAAGCUGCAUUUCAGCCAGAAGCAAACCCAGGACAUCUGACAUUGCAAUCUGUAUUGGUAGAAAGUGAUGAUCUUUAAGUGUUAGCUACCAGAUAUACCAUUUCCUUUCAAAUUGAAAACACUGAAUGCCAUUGUAUGGAUCAAUGAUAAUCUACACCACUGUACACAAGACAGACACCUCUGUGUGCAAAAGAAUCCAGGCACAUCUUUCUUGUUCAGUAUAACAAAUUAGGAGUUAGUAGAGAAAAAUUCAGUCUGCAUAUACAAAUCACCUUCACUAUAGCCAUUUCUUAUUACAUUGUAGAUAAUACUGUUUUGAAUCAUCCUAUUCACAAGUGUUAAAUUGAGUGAAAUUUUGCAAAAAUAAAUAUGCUGCACACUUAUCACUAAGUGCCUUUGCAGUUUGUAGGUGCUAUUAAUGUGUAAUGAAUAGAAGUGCACUGAAAAAUAUAUUAGGAGUGCAUUAUAAUGAUAGUUCAGAUGUGCAAUACUGAAUGAGUAAAGCAAGAUGGAAAAGGGAAGAGAAAUAAGUGACAUUUUUGUGUUUAAAAUGGACUUUCUAGUCUCAAAGGAAAUAGGAUGUGUUAGUUUUGCCUUAAUUGCAUUAGGGUAGGUAAGAUAACUUUAUAUCAGAAUGUUUUUGACUUUGCCUGUCGAUGUGAUGCUUAGAUUCAUGUUACUUUUAGAAGAGUGAGAUAAGAGAAAAGGCAAAAGUGAGCCUUUCUCAAAAAAUAUGUGAGCAAAACCUCAGUGCUUUUUAAAACAAUAUUGGAGAUCUGAUUGAGUAGAAUAUGUGAUAGAAAGGAAGAUAAGUUGGAGCAUAGAGUAAGUGGAAAAUGGGUUGAGUUUGCAAUAAGGGUUUAAAUAAUUUGUAUACCAUAGAGAAUAGAAAAGUAAAUGUUGGAGAAUACAAGGUAAUGUUGUUACAUUUUAAGCACUGCUUGCAUGUAUACUAGAGGUUACAUUUUUGUGUUCUUGAUUACUGCAGUAUGAAUAGGAACCCUGCCUAUGGCUAAGAACUUGUGAAGAACUGAAAAUAGUUAACCGGCCAGAAACCUAGCUGUUUUUUUUCCAGUUAAUGGAUUUCACUUAGAUUAUAUUAAGCAAUUUUGAUUCAAAAUGAACUCAACUGAGAGGGAGUAGAAGGCUAUUUCAGUUAGAUCUGCUGAAAAUAAUCUAGUCCGAUGGUACAAUAGUACUCUGCUACAAAAGGAAAACACUGUAUUCCUUAUAUGAAACAUGUUUAUAGUACUUUAUUUAUAAUUAAAAAUCUGAAUCUUUUUCUCAACUUAGUUAUUCAAAUACAUACUUUUUCGUAAAAAUAGGAAAAAAAAGUUUUGUAAUAUGCCAUGCCAUUUAUUUUGCAUUAACUGCUAUUCCUGUAUUGCUUUUGCCCUUUUAUUAUUAAGGACACUAUUCAGAUUUUUAGUGACUAAUAAAAAUUUCUAUCACAAAA